AUGAAGGCCAUUGCGCGUAGCUACGUCUAUUGGCCCACCUUGGAUAGUGACAUAGUUGGAUACGUGAAAGCAUGUCAACACUGCGCAUCCGUAGCCAAAUCAGCUCCACAUAGUACUCCGGUUCCGUGGCCGAAAACAUCAAAACCCUGGCAGCGGAUUCACGUAGACUACGCAGGACCAAUCGAAGGAGAUUAUUACCUCCUUGCCAUAGACGCAUUUUCUAAGUGGCCAGAAAUUAUAAAAACUGGUCGCAUUACUUCUGCUGCAACGAUUGGCAUUCUCCGGGGCCUUUUUGCUCGCCUUGGAAUGCCAGAAACACUGGUUACCGACAACGGAACACAGUUCACAAGUGCCGAUUUCUCCAAUUUUUGCACAAUGAAUGGCAUCGAACACCUCACGACAGCUCCGUUCCAUCCUCAAUCAAAUGGGCAAGCGGAGAGAUUUGUUGACACAUUCAAACGAGCCAUAAAGAAGAUUCACAAUCGCACAAUCGCAGAAGCUUUAGACGUUUUUCUGCUCACCUAUCGCAGCACGCCGAAUUGUUCUUUACCGGAGGACAAAUCACCGUCUGAGAUAAUGUUCGGUCGUAAAAUCCGGACGUGUUUGCAUCUACUUCGUCCUCCAGUUGUUCAAGUUCCAGAUCAGCUAGUGAGUAAUCAGAAAGGCUUCAAGAAGAACGAUACGGUGUAUGCGAAAGUUUUUUCGAAGAACCGCUGGAAAUGGGUUCCAGGCAUCAUCAUCGAACGAAUUGGACAGGUGAUGUACAACGUUUGGGUAGAACAUAGAAAUAUGCUGCGCUCCCACCUCAUUCAACUGCGUAGCCGAACCGUAGACCCACUGUCAACGAAGCGGUCAGAUUCCCUUCCAGAGCAGUCUCUACCACUGAACGUGUUGCUGGAAGCAUGGAAUAUGAAAGAACCAGCAAAACCGACACCUGAAUCGACGGUAUUGCAGCAUGUUUCAACACAGCAUUCAAGUUCUGCAACGGGACUCUUGAGUUCCGAUCGAACGCUGCAAAAUAUACCGGCGGGGCGUGUUUCUUCAACUCCGCGGCAUGAUAUGUCGCCUCCAUUGGAGUCAAGUCCUGCACCUUUGUCCUCACCGUCGACAUCAUCAACGGAAUCCAACGAUUAUGAAUCGGCGAUUGAGGCUCAACCGAUGGUACCUCUACCUCGGCGGUCUUCAAGGAUCCGAAGACCCCCGCAGUGGUUUGACCCGUACCAUCUCUAUUGA